AGAUAUGUAUGUAUAUAUAUAUAUAUAUAUAUAUGUAAUGCCUAAUUCUUGAAUAAAAAGCGCAAUUGACAUACCCGCUAUGACUUGCCGUGCCGGGUAACGACUCCAGGAGGACUGGUUCGCACAUGCGCGUAGGACUGCCACGUAUCCCGUCUGCCGGUUCGAAACGCAGGCGAAGACGGCGCCGGCGGUCGUCGUUGCGAGAGACCAUCUUACUUUCGUCUUACAACAACCAGACACGGGGACAGGGGGGGCCGGACACGCGCGCGCGAAUGAGCUCUCUCGUCUUCGAGGAAGGAAUCCAACUCUCCUCCUGCUCUUCGCAUUAUACCGCCGCCGGCGUCGAAGCCGCCCGGCCUAUCUACCUGGCCGACUGGCUGGGCCUAGCUGCGGCCGGCCCCGAACCGAGCCCCGAUCACGCACGAGCUCGAUCCGGCCUAUGUACAUGUAACUACUAUCACCAUGGUAUCAAUACUUCUGCACUCUCCCCCCCUCCCCUCCGCCCCCUCUGCUCUAUUACGGGAGGUUCAGAAGCAGAAACGAGACCGUCUAGACGAGUUAAGGGAAGAAGAAAGGGAAGAGAGAGAGAGAGAGAAAAAAAGGGUCAAGUUCCCGUUCUGUUGUUCCCCUUCUUCCCCCUCCCGCCCGCGCCCUGCUCCUUUUUCCGUCUUCAGCUUCCCCCCCAGACAGGCCCCCUUCGCGAACACGUGUAUCUCCGUAUUUGUCUCCUAGAAAAGAGCGAAGGAAGGGAAGAGCCCCCCCCGUUCUGCGACGUGCGGAGAGCUUCGGUUCGGGGGUAUAAUAUCUAGAUUUUACAUACAGAGAAAGAGAGAGGGAGAGAGAGGGAGAGAGAGGGAGAGGCGGGAAGGGAAGGGAAAAUUCUGGCGAGGUAAGUGAUAGUGCGAUUGGGGGGUAUUCUUGUAAGCAUUCGAGAAAGAGAAAAAAAAAGAGCGACGACAAAAGGGGGGAGAAGAAAAAAAAAGCAACGCCA